AUGCGCGGGCGGGGUGAGCUCCCCAAGGCGAGUUCCAUUCUUAUCAUGGACAACUUGCACGCACAUACCAAGGACGAGUUCAAGGAGUAUCUUGCGAAGCACUGCAACACUCUCAUCUCGCCAGCUACUGAUCGGCGCGUCCUGAUGACUCAGUGGAUGGGAGCGGCCGUGGCAAGACUCAACAGCCAACAGGCGUACCGAUACCGUCUUUUCAAAAAGUGCGGGAUGGCCAAGACCGUGGCCGGCUCGGGCGAUGAUCGAAUCACCUUGGAGGGUUUGGACAAGUCGUAUACUUUCGCUACCGAUGAAGACAGUAGCGACGACGAACAAUGUUCGGAGAACGGCAACGAUGAGCCUGAGGGGCGGGCGGAGGAGGGCGAUGGAGAACGUGAGACGCUCAUGGAGAGCGUUGACUCCAGCGAUGAAGACGACGGCGACAUCUCUCAACCCCAUACCGACGAGCUAGCUCUUCUGGACGACGACGACAGCAUGGACCCACAAGACCCGGAGGAUGAGAUACAGGGAAUGGAGAUCCCGGCAGGUUUUCGUAUACCCGUUGCUCUUGACAGAUUGCUUUUGCGGCGUGGAAUGCUCGUUAGGCUGGGCAUGGGGUGGUUUGGAGGGCUGAUCACUCAAUAAUCUCAGAAGGACACUCGCCACCUGUACGACUACUACUACU